ACAGAGCUGUGUUCCUCCUGGCUGUCCGUGCCACAGCACCUUGCUGAGCUCCAGGCAGCCCCUCUGCCCCUUCCCGGGGUCACUGUGGAAGGACCAUGGCAGACACCGGGGAGGGGAAAAAGGAAGAGGCUGAGUAUAAAAGACUUCACACCUUUCCACUGAUUAGGCACUCCGACAUGCCGGAGGAGAUGCGUGUAGAGGCCAUGGAGCUCUGUGUCACAGCGUGUGAGAAAUACGCCACCAACAACGAGAGCGCUGCCAAGAUGAUCAAAGAGGUGAUGGACAAGAAAUUUGGGUCCUCCUGGCAUGUGGUGAUUGGGGAAGGUUUUGGCUUUGAGAUCACUCACGAGGUGAAGAAUCUGCUGUACAUGUUCUUUGGUGGCAGCCUGGCCGUGUGUGUCUGGAAAUGUUCCUGACAUCUGGCUGGGUCCCAGACUCGCUGCGUAGAAGAGAUUUCUUCCUUAACAGGUUUUGUACAAUCUGGAAGUUGGGCUUUAUUUUUAAUAGUUAAACAUCAAGAUUGAUUUUUUUUUUAUGCUGUUGUUACAGUUCCAUGGGAUAGAUAUAGUUGGUGCCUGUGUGUGUGUAUAAACUUGCUAAGCUGUCCUGUC